GGGCGUGCAGCAGCCUCUGUCUAGUCUCCGGCAGAGAUCUGAUAGCCGCUUCGUGCAAAUUUAUCUAUGGUUGCAGAGAAAAAAGAAAGGCUUCUGUUUUGUCUCUCUAUGAUAUCUGCCGACCCGGAAGCAACUUCUCUGAGAGUUGCGGUGACUGCAACAAAAGCUACGGCUUGAUCAGCUGGCUCUUCCCGGCGCGUUGGCUGGGCAAUGGCGGGCACGGCGCUCAAGCGACUCAUGGCAGAGUAUAAACAGUUGACUUUGAAUCCACCAGAAGGGAUUGUAGCUGGCCCUAUGAAUGAAGAGAAUUUCUUUGAAUGGGAAGCUUUGAUAAUGGGCCCAGAAGACACUUGCUUUGAGUAUGGUGUUUUUCCUGCUAUUUUGAGUUUUCCUCUUGACUAUCCUUUAAGUCCUCCAAAGAUGAGGUUCACGUGUGAGAUGUUUCACCCCAACAUUUAUCCAGAUGGCAGAGUUUGCAUCUCUAUUCUUCAUGCCCCUGGAGAUGACCCCAUGGGCUAUGAAAGCAGUGCUGAACGAUGGAGCCCUGUACAGAGUGUAGAGAAGAUCCUCUUGUCAGUGGUCAGUAUGCUGGCAGAACCAAAUGACGAGAGUGGAGCCAAUGUGGAUGCCUCAAAAAUGUGGCGGGAGGAUAGAGAGCAGUUUAACAAAAUAGCCAAGCAAAUUGUUCAGAAGUCACUCGGACUUUAAAGGGAAAAGAAGACUGGGAAAUUGACAAUCGUAGCAAUUUGAACUCUUCUCAGACUGGAAAAUGGCAGUUCUCUCUAUUGGUACCAAAAGCAAAUCUUGCAAAAUGCUCAACUGAGUUUCUUCCGCCGCCGCCAGCACUCACAUACCAUCUUAUUAUUAUUUUUCUCUAUUAAAAAAUAGCUGAAAUUACAGUUUUUUGCAGUUACUCCAGUCUAAGCCUACUGUAAUCAAUAGGUUUAUAUUGGAGUAACUCUGCAUUAGGACUGCAUGAUAUUUAAACAGAUAGGAUACAAAUGUGUUUAGCAUUAUGGUAAAAGUUAUAACUGCUGUAGUCACGUUGUACUAUGGAAAACUUGGGCAUCUAUUAUGUAGCUCUCAAGUUACCUUCAUUUUAUUUUCUUUCCUACUUUAGUGCAGUUAACAAUGCAGUACUGUGCACUUUCUGAUGGCUAGGCUGAAAUUACAAGUGCCCAGAGCAGCAGAAAAAUGCAUCUUAAACACUACAGAAAUCAGUUUGUUGGAAGCAGAGAGUUACCCUUAGGAUAUCGUUCUUAGAUGGUUUCACAUCACUUAAGAUAAACGGAGAGUUGUUUAGUGUCUUUCUCCUUGAGGACAUUAAAUAUGAAUGCAGCAGAGUUCUUAGGCGGGAUUAUUUUGUGAGCAACUGAAUGACUGCAUCUAAUGAAGGUGAACCACAGAAGGAGUGAUCAGUGUAUUUGGCAGUGUGCUUCCAGAUGUAGUAUUUUAUCUGCCCAUAGGAUAUGGCUUCAUAAAGCUGCUUUUGAAAACAUUAAAGCAUGCUGAGUUUGGUGUUGAGGCACUUGUUGAACUUCUUAUGACUGCAUAGACUUGAUGUCAUAUGAGUAAUCAUCAUUCCUAAAAUACCUUGGAUGCCUGAGACAAACUCCCCUAUCUGAAUAGAUGCUGGAAAUAACUAGCUAUCGUACUUGUCUAGCUGUACUGCAGAACAGGAAUCUUUCUAAAGUUGUUUUUUCAGUUCUCAUCCAUAAUGAUGUAAAGAGUCUAGAGACUCUUGGAAGUAAAUGGAAGCAGGAAGAUCAUAAUCAUAAGUCAUGGUUUGCAGGUAUCAAUGUUGCCCAGAUUAGCAGGAGUUGGUGCUUUUUAACAUAAUUUACUCUUGCACUCUCUUCAGUAUUGGAGUGGGAGCCUGUGGUUUGCAUCCAUGGAGCACUUCUGCAGUUGGGAGUAUUUCUGCCCAAGGAGUAUGAUUUUCUUGCCUCCCUGGUCCCAGUUUUAGAGGUAUUUUGAGCUGUGGUGAUGGUGGUGGGGAGAAAGCUGUGCUCUAGAAGUAAAAAUCCUUCUGCCCGUGAAAACACUCUGUUGAAUUAAAGCCUUUUUGCUAGUGGCAAUUUCAAGAAAAUACAUACCACAGGAAUGAAAAUUGGUGCUCUGUUCCUCUUUGUUGGUAGGACAAAAUACGUAAGGAGCCAGCUGUCAACAUGUAUUUCGUGGCCAGAUUCUUAGGAAGAAGUAAUGUCUGUGAUUUAUCAAAGGACAUGUGUCUACAUUGCUUCAGAAUAUUAAGUAAAGUUACCUUGCAAGAAUUCCGGAACACAGACUUGGAUUGGGGUUCCUUUUUAUAUGCUGUUUAUACUUGAAUCUGAGUGUAGGAUUUAGAUCAGUAAAAAUAUUUUGUUAGCAUCUUGUGGAUCUGAGCUCACAUUAUAAAUAUGCAAUUUUGAAUGUCAUUUGGCCACAUCCUUAUUCCAGUGAGCUGAACUGUUGGGUGAAGUGGCCAAUGAAAAUUGUUCUGAAUAGCAUCUACAAAUGUUGCUUUUCUUUUGCAAAUGGCAGGUGUUUGUUCAUUUUAAUAGAUUCAAUAUAGCUUAAAGAAUGCAACAUGAAAAGCUCUCCUGCUCUAGCCAUGUGCGCUGACAGUAUUUAAAAACAAGACUUGUAUUCCUUAAAUAAAAGGCAGAUUUUAUUUUAUUGAAAGUGCACCAAUAAAUGUGAGAAAUGGUAGUAAAACUAAAUAAGAACAUGGACUCUUCAGAGUCCACAAAAAGUGUACGGAUAGAAAAUAAACUAUGUAGCACAUUUGCAGUAUAAUGCGAUAUCUGUUUGCUUGAAAUAUUCCUGCCUUUCUCCUGAACAUCACUGGCAAAUUGUAACAAUAUAAAAACAAUAUGAUAAAACAAACAUAAAGACCAAUCUGAUAUUCCUCA